GACGAUGACACGCUCGACGAGGUCAUCAUGGCCGUGGACUUGCAACACCGCGAUACCGUAGGCUGCUGCUACUACGUUGCGCAAGACGAGAAGCUCUACUUCAUGGAGGACGUCAAAUUCGGUGGCGUUGAUGUGGUCGAUGCGCGCACAGUGUACAUUGACCCGACUAUCGUUCUCAUCUCGACCAGGACGGACGACGCCGUCAUCGACAGGCUCGAUCCAGACUCCAGAAGCGGGGCCUCUGAAAGCGGUGACAACGACCAGUUCCGACUGCCGUUCCUUUUUGAGGUACGGCCCCCCAGCGAGUUCGCAUACGAAGCGGCAAAGAGCAAGCUCGGCAAUCUUAGGCUCGGAGAUACUUGUGAGCGGCACGUCAACUUCGUAGUCCCGGGCGAUUUGCCCGUGGACGGCCUUCUCCUCGAUGGCGAGAUUGCGCCCGGUCAGCAAGGGAGGUUGCUCGGCUUAGCCGGUCUGGUGGAUAUGGAAAGCCGCUUGACGAUCGGCUGUGCGGGAGCCUUGCUCUCGUACCUGCAGCGUAGGCGCGCGGCUGCCUAUCUUCCUGGUGGCCAGGCCACCCACACCAUGUUUCGUGUCUCUGCGCUUGAGAUGUUCAGCCUGCGUGACACUAUGUUCAUCAACGCGGAUACGCUCCAUUCUCUGCAGAUCUUGGGCCCGGAGUCGCAUCCAAACUCUCACAACCAAGGGCCUACGAAGGCGGCUUCUGGAUCUAAAGAAGGCCUCUCAGUAUAUGGCUUGUUCCACCAUCUCGCCCGGACACCGCAGGGGAGGUACCUGCUGCGGCAGUAUUUCCUUCGGCCUAGUCUGAAUGUCGAUGUUAUCAAUCAACGACUAGACACCAUCCACACCUUUCUUCGGCCCGAGAAUGCCUCCGCGCUGGAUACUUUAGUCGACAGUCUCAAGGCCGUAGGUAACAUGCGGGCAAUCAUGAUAAACCUCAGGAAGGGUGUCGAUGGCGGAACAGGCAAGCGCGGUAACUUCUCAAGCAGCGUUUGGGCUAGUAUUCGACGAUUUGCAUUCCACGCGUUGAAGAUCAAAGAUGCGUUACUUGAAGUUAUUGGCGCAGAGGACCUGCCUAUCAGAACAAAGGUUUUCGAGCGAUUCGAAGGCUACCACUUCGCCCAAUUGGGUGGACGAAUCAGCGAAACGGUUGAUCUCGAGAAGACAAUUGAAGAGUCUCGCACCGUCAUUCUUCCCGGGGUGGACGAAGAGCUAGAUCAGAUGAAGAGAACUUUUGCCGGCUUGGACGACCUUCUCGGUGAAGUCGCUCGGAAGCUGUCAGAGAAAAUACCAUCAGGUCUCCAAGGGUCACUAAAUGUGAUCUAUUUCCCGCAGAUCGGCUUUCUUACAACUGUCCCCAUCGAUCCCGCAACAGGUGGAGCCGUUUAUGACGGAAGUAUCGAGAACCCAUGGGAGCGGAUGUUCUCGACCGAGGAGCAAGUUUACUUCAAGAACAACGAGGUACGAGAAAUGGAUAGCCAUUUCGGAGAUCUCUAUGGUAUUAUCUCAGACCGCGAGAUCGAGAUCAGUCACGAGCUCGCUCAGCAUGUCCUGGAGUACGAAGCGUUGCUGACCAGUGCCUCUGACAUUUGUGGUGAGCUCGACAGUCUGGUCGCCCUAGCACAGGGCGCUAAGCUGUACAAACUGUGUCGGCCUCGCAUGACACAUGAUAAUGUGAUUCGCAUCAAGGCCGGUCGCCAUAUACUCCAGGAGCUAACCGCGUCCUCCUUCGUCCCUAAUGAUACGUUUAUCACGGGUGGAACAGGAGGCCGUGAAUCUUCCGAAGGUUUCGACACCCAAGCUGGGUCUUCAGGUCGCUAUGCAAACGUGCCCACGUCCGGCCCAAGCGUAGUCGUAUUGACGGGACCGAACUACUCUGGCAAGAGCGUGUACUUGAAACAGGUCGCCCUGAUCGUGUAUAUGGCGCACCUCGGAAGUUAUGUCCCGGCAGAGAGCGCGAAAAUUGGUGUGACUGACAAGAUACUCUCGAGGGUGGCGACCCGAGAGACCAUGUCCCGCAUACAAAGCGCCUUUAUGAUCGACCUCCAGCAGAUCUCCCUGGCCUUGAGCUUAGCCACUCGGAGAAGCUUGCUGAUUAUCGACGAAUUUGGCAAGGGCACUGACUCGAGUGACGGAGCGGGACUGGCUUGCGCGGUGUUCAAGUAUCUGCUUAGCUUGGGAACUGACGGUCCGAAGGUCGUCGGAACCACUCAUUUCCAUGAGAUCUUUGAGGCUGGGUUGCUCUGCCCAAGUCCCGCUCUUGGCUUUGGGCAUAUGGAAAUCCGCACCAAUGAUGCCGCUUUGGAAGUUGAGGACCAGAUAACGUAUCUGUACAACUUUCGCCAAGGUCGAAGCAAUUCCAGCUUUGGCACAUGCUGUGCCGCCAUGAACGGGGUCCCAUCGGAGAUCAUACAGCGUGCCGAUGAGCUCAUCCUGAUGGCAAUAAGAGGGGAGGAUCUCGUUUCAGCAUGCUCCGUGAUGCCCGACUGCGAAGCGGCAGAGCUGGAAGAAGCUGAGCAAAUUGCGCGAGACUUCCUGCAGGCGGACCUGUUCCAAGAUCCAAAGGCUGUACUUUCCGACAUUCUGACGAUAUCAGCCACAACGGAGUCACGCUCGUAGGUCGCUUGCACCGCGGGCUCAGGUCAUCAUGUUUCGCAUCCCUUCCUCUCCCGCGUCCACUAUCCUCAAUCCCCCUCGAUCCCUCCAUGCAAGCAAUGGCCCCGGCUCCGGCUGAUGCGAUGGGGUAAGAGCCAAGGCAGAUUAGAAGAUAAUUAUUUACCGAUGAAGGAUAAGUCGACUUCGUUCGGCCUCCAUCAAUGAAUAGUCUCGCACACUGUCUACAUGAAUAUCAGAACUAAGC